AUGUCAAAGCCAAUAGAAUGUACAAUUCCUGAACUGGUUGAAAAAUGUGCAAAUAUAGACCGUAUUGCUGCCAUAUUCGAUUCCGAGAAGGAAACAUAUACUUUUGGAAAAAUCUACAAUGAGGUAAAUUCUUUUGCUGCCGGUCUACUUUCGUCGGGUUUGGAAGCCAAGGAUAGAAUACUUAUUUGUGGAUCAAAUUGCGCACAGUUAUUUAUAUCGGCGCUUGCCUGCGCAAGAGCUUCGCUCUUAUUCUCGUUAAUGAAUCCAAAUUUCACUAGUUCUCAGCAACUGCAGUACGCUUUGUUUACGGGUGAAUAUAAGGCGAUAAUUUGUUUUUCUGCAAACAAGGAAAAUGAACUGCUGCAUAACUUAUUAAUUGAAAUAGCUCCUGAAUUACGAACGUCAGCAAAGGGACAUGUCAACAGCAAAGCAUUACCAAAACUGACUCAUGUAAUUAUGGCUGAAGAAGAGCAUAAACACGCGGGAACCUUUACACUAUCAGAAAUCUAUGGAAGAAGUAAUCGUGAACGCCUUGAAAAGUUACAUAAAAUUACAAACGGCAAUCCGCAUGAAAUUGCUGCACUUCAGUUUACUACAGGAGUAUCAGGAGAACCCAAAUUGGUGGCUCUUUCACACUAUCAGUUAAUUAAUGGUUGCCAAUCAGCUGCAGAAGGGAUUGGAAUUCGAAAGGAGGCAGUGAUUUACAGGAAAAUUUUACUUGAUACAUUUUCUUGUGCCUUGCCGAUGUUCAAAAUAGCAGUUUUUUCUUUAGUCGGUUUAUUGCCAUUUGUAGUGGGUACACGGGUGAUAUUUCCGUCACCUUCACCACUUCCGAAGUUUUUGUUUAAUUCAGUUAACACUUACCAAUGUACUCACUUGCUAACAAAUGCCGUUGCCCUGCGAUUGAUAAUGAAAAUUGUUGUUGCACAAAAGGUACAACUUCCAUCGAUAACCACCGUCAUUUUGGCUGGUGAACGGGUACCCGCAGAACUUCUUGAGAACAUCGGUACUCAUUUGAGGAGUGUCAAAAACAUUGUGAGCACCUAUAUGCUUACCGAAACAGCUUCGAUGCCUAUUAUGACCAACGACAACAGUUUGCUGACCACCACUAUCGGCAGCCCGUUACCGAUGUUUCAGAUUGAAAUUGCCCCGUGUGGUAUAGCAGAAACGUCAAAUGAAGAGCCUGUUGGCGUAUUACGAAUUAAACCUGUAAACGGGUCUAAAUUUAUUGGUUAUGGACCAAAUUUUGACCAGAAUUCGGAGUGGAUUGACACUGGCGAUGUAGUGAAACUGAAUCGGUCUGGUGCCAUUAGCCUAAUUGCUAAUAAGGGAGAUUUGAUUUUUACAUCUUCUGGAAAACUCGUCAAACAUUGGAUAAUUGAAAAAACCUUAUGCUUGUGCGACUUUAUCAAAGGAGCUCAGGUUGUUAAAGUGACAAAAGAUUCGCCGUUAACGGCAGUCGUGGUGCUAAAAUCGAAUUCUGUUGACCGUUUUCAGAUUAAAGCUGAAUUACAAGCAAUUUGUAAGAACAAUAAGCUGGAUAUACCGGAGAAAUUUGCAUUUGUUACGGAAUUGCCAAGGAUAAAUACGAAAAUUCAGAAGUAUCGUCUAAGACAAAUGAUUGAAAGCAAUAAUCUUGAUUUAAUUUGA